CUUGACACAUGAAUGACCGGUAAUGGUAAGGGUGACAGAAUGUGGAGCUACUACCAAAACGGACAUUCGCCUUCAAAGAAGAAUAAAGAUGUUAAAGAGCCUCUAACAUUCCACCAAUAACGGGACGGGCCUAAUGUCACGGUGUCAGGUAAUCUGUAUACAUUACACUUAUUUGUUCAAGCUGUAUGACUACAAGAAAUAAAGAAUUCUAGCAAGCAGAUCCACACAGCUUACUUCACUUUUGUAAGCACUGUGGAUCUUAAUGGAAAGCAUACACUGUAUGUAGUCCUUGAUGGAGAGAGAAAGGGAUUCUUAUUUUUUUAUCUAUUUCAGGGUACAGCGUAAGGACCAAGCAACACAACACUAAAUAUCUAUCUCUUCCUACCUGCAACUAAAAGUGACUCAUGUAUAAUAACCUAUAAAAUUUUAUAUUGAACACACAAACCACACUUUAAAUAGCAAAUGUAUUGUAAAAGAAAACAGGUAAUAAAAAAAAACUGUACUAUAACAUUCACAAGCCCAGGUGUGAUGGUACAGAGGAGAUCUACCAGUGGGGAAAACUCAGUGGUAAAUACUGAAAGAUGCUGUUAUACUGUGUAUGGCUGAUACAGGUCUAUAACAGUAUGAAGGCCUUUUUCAUAACUCAGUCUUGUUGUUCACUUAUGUCAUAGUAGUUAUGAAAGACUUUAAACCACUGUUUAUUGCAAGAUAGCCUAGUUUGAUAAGAUCUUGUAUCCAUAGUACACAUUCAUGGUGCUAGUGGUUAUUAUAAUAUUAUCGUUACGUCCGAGAACUAGGGGAUGAGGGGAGUAACAACUAUGAAGAAGAAACCAGGUAAAAGAGGCUGAAGACUGAUCAUGCGGCGGAGAAAUAACUUUAUUUACAAUGGGAGUUAAACCGAGAUCCACACAAGGGAAUCGAGUUCCCUAACCACGAAAAAAUGUUCCAACAAUGAGUCGAGGUGCACAACAGCUGAGUCCAGGUUCCACACCAAGUCACCAGCACACACUCCAGCUGCCGGUCUGGCCAAAAGGCCACGCUGAUUCGGGUGGCUGAGCUUUUCACCUUCCCUUGAUGAGCCACAGGUGCCCCUGGCCACUCCCACUUGGCGUAAUCUAAAAGGAAGAGAAGAGAAAAUAAACCCUGCCUUAUCCACACACACACCCAAGAAUGUAACAAUAUUCAUUAGUAAUAAUGUGGAUUUAAUUGAACAGUUCACUUCCUGUAUACAUUGAGUAUAUAUUACAUUCAGUGCAGAUCAAUUUUGUUGCACUGAGAGUUGGUGGGACCACACCUUUAGGAUGCAUGCUGCUGUUGUUGGGUGAGCCUAACUUAAAACAUUCCUACACAACCAAUGUCACCUUUGCCUGAUCACUGAUCAAUCAACUCACUGGAAAUAUUGGAACCAAGGAGUUCAUAGCCAAUUUUCAAUAAAAAAGAAAAAACAAAGACAGUGAUGAAAAAUAUUUAGCAUUUCCAUUUCCCUGCUACUGCGAGUUACAUUACUUAAAAACUCAAACAUAAAUUUUAUAAAAUAAAAUAAGCGUUACUAAAGUUUUAGUUGACAGUUCUCACCAGAUUAUGACAAUACUCCUUUGCAGACACACACUUGAACAGCCAUAUGCACCACAGACAUACAGUUGUUGCUUUUGUACUACUUUUCUAGUCAGCUGCCAACCGCUUGUAGAAUUCCAUUCCAUACAUGCAUAGUAGAUCAAAUUAUGUGCAUGCACUCUACUGCUGCCACACUACUGCACAUUGUCACACUGUCUGUGUGUGUUAAUGACAAGAACAAACUCAUGAUUGCAACUAUAGAUCCAUAGCUGUGCAAGGUAUUGUGCGUAGUUAACUCAGUAAAUCAUAAAUGCAACAUUUCAGUCACGAAGACCUGAUCAGGUGUUCAUUUCUUUUACCCUUUUAUUCAGUGUGAGCAGUUUGAUUGAAUUUAGACAGAAUCACCUUAUAAACAGGCUGGAAAACUUUUCACAAUAAAAUGAAACAUUAGAAAUGUUUUUUUUACUGUAAUGUAGUGGUUGGUGCGCAGACUGCACAGUGGAUCGGUGGUUUGCAGUGUUGCCUUACAGCUAGAAGAUCCCUGGUUCAUGUCCCUGGGCCUGAGAUCUGUCUGCAUGGAGUUUGUGUUCUCUCUGUGCAUGUACAGCUUUCCUCCGUGUACUCAUGCUUCCUCCCACACUUCGAAAACAUGCUGAAGUUAAUUGGUGAUUCUUAAUUGUCCUUAGGUGUGAAUGUGAAUGUGCUUGUUUGUCUCUGUGUAGCCCUGUGAUAGAUUGGUGACCUGUCCAGAGUGUCCCCUAUCUUCACCCUAAGUCAGUUGGGAUAGACUCCAGCACACUGUGACCCUAAUGAGGAUUUAAGCAUUGGAUAGAUAAUGGUUGGAUGGUUAGUUUUCAAAGAUGUAAAUGUAACUCCAUUAGUAGUUUACACCAUAUAAGAACAAGAGUCCUUCUUCCCAAACCCUUUGAGGAGUAUAAAAAUGUCUUCUAUUGUUGGCCUUAGACCUUUUGACCCUUGGUCACGUCUUCAUCACUGGUGCUUCCAGAAGGUUGUUCUACUAACAAAAACAGUUCCACAGCAAGGACGUGUACAUAAAAUAGACAUAUAAAUUAUAAAUGAUAAUCUAACAAGCCGUGAUUGAUUUGACUUUCAUAAGAUGCAAGUCUUUACCCCACAGCAUCCUGCCACCUCAGUACCUGGGCUUUGUUUUCUGAAUUUUUUUUAGGUUUUCACAGCUCUGCUUUGCAUUGUGAUGUAUCCCAGAGCUAUCCAACUGAGUAUUAACUCUUCCUGAUCACUCAGAAUCUUUUUGGACUAUACUGAUAGUUUAAUAAGCAAAAUAAAACCUGCACCUACUUGUCCAUUCUUUGCUUUUCGUUUUUGUGUUCUUCGUCUUACUUGUGGUUGCUGGUGUUUGAAAAAUUGUACUUGCUGCUGUUGUCCUCCCUGAGUUUAACUACUCAGCAAGACCCUCGAGGAAGUUUUUUCGGCGGCUCAGAAGUACCUACCCUGGGGUAGGUAUGUCCACCUCCCCCCCGAAAGAGAUUCUACAUGAGCAGGUCAAGUGCUUGAAACUUGCUCAAAGGUUAGAGCUGCUUACAUUAGUAUUCUGCUCAAAUGGUCCACACUUGUAUAGUGCCUUUAACUUAAGCUGGUUUCAACAAAAAACUUUAGAAUUUGUUUCUUAUUCACACACACUCACAAACCAUGCAAGGUGUUUACCUGCCAUGAGUUCAGUGGUAAGUAUUAGUUUGCUUGUAUUGAGCCAAAAUCUAACAAUCUUGACAACUGCAUCACUUAAAAUAAUUUUUGGGAUCUAAAAUUUCUGUUAUUUGUUCUAUACUAGUUAUGUUGUCAAAUGACGUGUGGAUUGUAAUCAACAAUGCUCCCUCAUAAUGUUUAAAAUUCCUCUUCAGACCUGCUCAGAAAUAUAUAUUACUGUGCUUUUGUCUCUGAAAAAUCCACAUUUAUGAAUACACAAAUAUUUUUCAUUUCAAAAGUAAAUUACUGGACAGUGGACACAAGAUCUUUUCAUUGCCUUAAAUUCUAAAGAAUUUCAUUCGCUGCAGAAUUUUGCAGGCCAUUGAGAACCUUUUAGUUAGCAACCUUUUUUUUUUUUUUUAUCAGGGAUUAUGACCAGUCAGCACUUUCCAUCAUAUGGCACUUUAAGAUACCCUGCAGUCUGUGUUGUGUCUGUGAUGGAGUCUAGCUCUCUCUGCUGGCAGGUACGCUGUGUGCCGCUCCAUCCGAGCUGGGACGGUGUCUGUGUGGAACUUGGUCAGACAGCGUUUUGUCUGCAGAUCGGUCAGAGUGGAGCACGGCCUCUACAGCAGCACUGAUGUGGUGUUCGCCCACAACUUCAAACUCUACAUCCUCACAGACAGAAGCAAAAGCCCUUUGCAGCACUUUCAGACUCUUCUGGUGUAUGAUCUGAUCAAACGGAGCUAUGUGAGAAGACAGACUGGUAUUGCAGUUUUUUCAUGUCUUCACCAUGAGUACCGCCUUCUGCAGGAUGGACAGACUCUUCUGGGCCUGUCAGAUAGCAGAGAUCACCUGCUCCUGUGGGAUCUAGACUCUGGCUCCAUCAAACAUAAGAUCAAACUGCCCUACAGGGCAUGCAGCAGCACAGGCAAAGACCUGCAGCCUGAUGUGGCACCACACACAGAGACAACACUGAUGCCAUGGGACCUUCAAACAGAGAGCCAGUCUGCGAAGAAGAGGAGAUUGGAGAGGGAAGCACAGAGGGAGAAAGAGGAGAAAAUUAGACUGGACAGAAAGAAAUUCGACUCAAUAGACCAGUAUCUCCUCAGCGGAGAUGAACAGGUCAUGGUGUGCUCCUACUUUGCUCACCACCUUAAUGUGUUCAGUGUGGCAUCCCAGGAACAUCUCCACACCCUGGAGGACGAAACAUCACUGCUGAGCCUCCAUACUGCAGCUCUUACUCACUCUGGCAGUCAUCUGGUCCUGACCAACUACAACCAAAAACAAAGAAUUGCCUACAUCACCCUGUGGGACCUGCACAAAGGAAAGUGUCAAACAGUCUGGUGGAUGAUUUUUAGUUGGACUUCAGUCUGUGUUUUCUACACAUCCUCCUUGGUGAGGAAAAGCCUGAAGGAUGAGCCUGGACUUUGCUGCAUAGCUCUCACAGACAGUGCAGAUAGAAUUGUCUUUGGGGUCACAGGAGAUAACAGACUGAAGGUGUGGGAACCCUUCAACAAAAACUAUAAAAGCAUCGAUGGUUGUAGAAACCUGAAGCUCGAUGUGUGCAGCAAACUUUACCUGACCGAGGGAGGAUCCCAAGCCUUUCUGCUGUCAGCGCUGUCACUGGCCGACGAUGCAAAGGAUUUGAGACCUCCUGCAAGUGUGUCCCCUGCAGAAGAGUUUAGCCCAAAGGCCGGCAACAGCACCCCCACGGCCACUACUGCAGUCCAUAACAUCACAAAUCCAACCCCCACCACCACCAAGACUCCUAAGCCCACCACCACCACAACUCCUAAGCCCACCACCACCACAACUCCUAAGCCCACCACCACCACAACUCCUAAGACCACCACUACCACAACUUCUACCACCACUAAAACUCCAGCUCCUCCUGCACCAACUCCCCCCACCAGCAUCCCGUUCAGAACAUACAAUCUGACAGACCCGAAAGAUAAAAAAAUAUACUGCCUGAUGGCUCAGAUGGGGCUGCGGAUCCGGCUGGAAACAAAAGAGGCCAAUGGAACAUUCAUUGUUCAGCCAAACGACACCAAAACAUCGGGAUCUUGUGGGGAAACCAAUGCCAACCUUACCCUUUCCUUCAAGGACGGCUUCAUUACUUUCCUCUUCAACAAGAGCGUUGCCAAUAACACUGCCUAUGUUGAUGCUCUCUCUUUCAACGUGCCAAUAGUCAAAGGAGGUAACACUGCAAGAACAGCCAAAAAUGAGUCGAUCCAUCUGUUUGCUGCAAAGAUCGGACACUCCUACUCCUGCAGGAAUGAAUCACUUUACAUGGGAAAUGGGCUGUACCUGGAUAUCAGCCCGGCUAGGAUGCAGGCCUUCAAUGUGACCAACAACAACUUUGGUGUUCCUGACAACUGUCCUGCUGAUCAGCCCAGCUACCGUGUUGCCAUUGCAGUGGGAGUGACGCUGCUGGUACUCAUUUUGGUGGUGGUGGUGGCCUACCUGCUGGGCCGCAGGAAGAGGACCGAUGGCUACCAGUCUCUGUGAGGGGGAGGGGUUAUUAAGAGGUCACAAAGUUGAGGAUAAAGUGGAGGUCACUUAGUCAGUGAGGCUGUGAUCUUUUUUGGGGGUUUAAAGGGAACUUCCACUGAAACCUAAAAUACCAUUUUUUCUGUUUUUAUUUGCCUUUGUUUACCUGAUUUACUGUUAUUAACAAUGUUUUAUCCAGAAGCGUUGGUGUUUGGAGGCUGCAGUGGGCCACUUUCAAGUACUUCAGUGUAACAAGUAUAUAAAAUGAUACAUUCAAAAAUUACAAAUUGAUUAAUCAAACUGCCACUUAACAGAUGUCCGCCACCUAAAAGUUAUUUCUAAAAUCCAACCAGAAGACCAGUAGACAGGGCUCUGAUUGGCCAGCUGUUAGGUGUUUGUGGAAAUCUGGCCAAUAAAGAACUCUAAAAAUAUACUGCCCUGUGGGUUGGACUUUUAGGAGACACACUGCCUAACCAUCUUUAAAUUGAAAAUCUGGGAAAUUCUAACUCUAAAUUUUGUCUUUUGGAUUGACAUCUUUAUAUUGAAUAAAAUCACAAAAACGCAAAUUCAUUGCUUAAAAUGGGAAAAUACUAAAUGAAAACUAAUUGUUACAGCAAGAAACAAAAUAAUCAUUGAAUAUAAUACAAAGAAAAGCCACUAAAGGGAAUAACUUUAAAAAAAAUUAUGUAAGACAUCUGCUUUAUUACCAUUAUUUAAAGAAGGAACUAAGAAACAUGAUUAGUAACUGUUACAUUUGUGUUUGUUACAUUGAGUUACAUAACGCACCAUUUAAAUGCAAAAUGCAAAUAUAAAUAAGAGUUUUUACUAGCUCUUUUUUUUAUUUCUUCAGUGGCACACGCUAGACGCAAUGCAGAUGGAUUUUAAAAGACAAAUAUAAAGCAAUAUUUUUCUGUUAAGGUACAAGCACACAUUUUUAUGUGAGAAUUACACAAAAUUACAAAAGCUUGACUCCAGAGAUGUAAUUGUAUCAGAAUGAAACAUCCUAAAGAGAGAAAGUGUUUCUAUAUUAGAAACUAAAAUGUCUGCAAACUGACGAUUGUCAUAGAAAAAAAAUGACCAGGAAUGUGUUCUUUAUUUGUAACAAUGGACAGCCACAAUUAGAUCAUUUAAAAUUCUUUUUUGACAACAUUGGUUUCUUUUAUCAGUCUACCUUCACAUUAUACUGAAGUGUGUCAUUGUGGAGUAAAAAUCAUAUAUAUUCAUAUAUAUGUUCUGCAUUAAUAGUCUACUCAUGUACUUAUAAAAUACAUGCUAAAGGUAAUUUUAACAUUAUUAACUGUUUUAGGAUAGCUGUUUUUUUAAUCAGAUCUUGUUUAAUUUUUUAAAAAGGGAAACGUGUCUAAUCAGUAACUGCACAGCUGAUUGUACUGAAUACUGUGUGGAAUUAUUAAUCAGCAAAAAGGGAAAAUUAGACUGAUGUCCUACAUUUAUUUGCACUGAUUGCUGUCUUAACUGGCUAUCGUUGUCUUUCUCAAAUUACAUGUUACAUAAUGCUGUGUUUUUAUACAAAUGUGGGGGUAGAGUGUCCAUGUAGGUCAGCGAAGGUUUCUAGAUGAGAUUAUUAACGGGUUAUACAUUCAUCACUUCCAAGGAGUCCAUCAUGCUUCACCCACCAAGUCCACUCUGGUACUCUAUACCUUAAAAGAACAGUUAGACAAUAUGGGAAAAUUUGUUUUAUAUUUGUUUCCUACAUUUUUUAUGCUAAGACGUAGUAUAAAUCCUCCAUGUAUCUCCCGACAAGAAUGUUUUACUUGUGCUUUGAAUAUACAUAACUGACACCGAUAGACGGAUAGCACUGUAAAUGAACUGCAAGCGAAGGACAUUGUAUUCAUUGGCUGAUCUUCCUGUCUGUGUCAGCAAAAAAAAAAAACAGCCAAAAAAAUGGGAAAUGUAGACAUGUUCUUCUGCAAUUCCUUGCAACAGCUGAAGAUCAUGAUUGCGAUUGAAAGCUCCAGAAGAAGCUAGUAGAAGGAACUUGUGGUGAGAUCAUUGUCUAAAUGCUGUUUUGAGGGUUUCCAAGGCUGAAAAGCAAAGCCAAUGUGAAAGUACCUUAAACUUGUGUUCUGUCUAACAGGUAGCAGGAGGUGACUCCUGUAAGUUGCAAGAUGUUACAGAGAAACAAAACCUAUGUCUCCCUUCAUCUGUUACCUCAGUAAACAUUUUUCCUAUGAGUCAAUUGUCAGUCAAAUCUGCCUCUCACUCCAGUCUGUGGCUGGGUAUAAAAUUUGAUCCUCAGGUUCACACUGCAUUCAGGUUCCUGGGAAAUGGAAAUGGAAGAACUGUGAUUUGAGCACUCAGGUGAAAUAAACCAAAUGAAUAUAGAGCUUUACAUUUAAGGAUUCGUGCACCCAAAUUUCAAAGUGAAAAUAUUUCUCCAUUUCUAAGUGGUAUGUAGCUUUGUAGGGAGCAAUUUGCUGUGCAUAUGUAACUUCUCUUGCCACUUUAACACUUUAACACAAUAGUGGAGAGAAAAAGGUUCUGGAAGCAGAAACUGCAGAGGUAGGCUUCUUAAAAUGUGAACAAAUAAAGACAAUACUAUUUGUGGUACUACUAGAUGGAAGCGAGAAAAUGUUACAUUUGUGUGAUCAGACGCUUUGAAUUUUGAAGUGAGUAGAAAAGUGUGCGACCUUUAAUAAUACUCUGUGGCCUUGUGUUGAUACAAUGAAAAGUGGCUCGGUGGGUGGAGUAUACAUGUAAUGUUUUUGAUGGACUAUGUAAAGCUCUGUCAGUGACUGGCAGCUCCUGUAAGUUCUACUGGUGAAGAACCAGACCUACAGCUCACAGCUGCACUUCCAUAUUUUGUCCAUCAGGUUGUGCUGUGGAGUUAAGAAGUGAGCAGUAAAAAGGGACCUUACUGUUGUGUUCAUUUACUGGCUGUGUGAGAGCGCUUUUAACUGUUGUUAACGUCUUGUGCCAAUAAAAACGGAUAUAUUUCUAAAGAUGUUCUUCAGAUGUGAGAUUGCAUAUACAAUGGGGCGUAAGAGUUAAUGUUAGCCCCACACUUUUUGCUCUGUACAUUGAACCACUGGCACAGGCGAUUCGGCAAGAAGAGGGACUAAAGGGGGUUAUUAUAGGACAAAAUGAACACAAAAUAGGACUAUUUGCUGAUGAUGUCAUGUUAUACUUGCAGGACUUGGACACUUCUCUUCCCAAACUUCUGGAAGUAAUAGAUCAGUUUCAUUUGUGCUCAGGAUAUAAGCUAAAUAUCACAAAGACUCAAAUUAUUUACUUUAAUUAUUCACCAGGAGAAGAAAUUAAAGCUAAAUUUAAAGUACAAUGGAAAACUAAUACAAUUAAAUAUUUAGGUGUAAAUAUAACAAGAAGACCACAGCUAUUAUAUAAGGCUAAUUACAACCCUAUAAAUGACAACAUAAAAAAAGAUUUGGAGAGGUGGUCAACGUACCCAUUGGAUUUUAGUAGCAGAAUAAAUGUAAUAAAAAUGAAUAUAUUGCCAAGGCUAUUGUAUUUAUUCCAAUCUCUUCCAUUAGAAAUACCAACUAAACAAUUUGUACUUUGGGAUAAAAUGGUGUCAAGAUUCAUUUGGGGGGGUAGACGACUUAGAAUACGUUUCUCUACUUUGCAACUGCCAAAAGAGAAAGGUGGAAUGGCUUUACCGAACCUAAAAUUCUACUUUCUGGCUGCACAACUACGACCUUUGUGUCUUUGGUGUGAUAACUUUUAUUAUGCAAGAUGAAAAGACAUUGAGACAUCUGUAGCCAAUUGCAAUGUCCAAACUCUGUUGGGAGAGGAGGGUUUAGAUGACACUCUUAGGAGUCGUCUCAAUCCCAUCGUUAUAUUCUCACUAGAAACGUGGUUCUCUCUGGUUAAGCAAUUUAAACUGAAAAACGAGCAAAAAUUACUGAGAUGGAUAGCUCUUGACAAGAUUUUUAAGCCAGCUAACUACAACUGUUUCUUUAAAGACUGGAUGAAUAAGGGUCUGACAGCUUUCUGUAUAGUUACCAAAAAUAACAAAAUGAAGAGUUUUACGGAACUGAAGGAUACAUUUGAUCUGAAGAACCAGCAGUUAUUCAGGUACUUCCAGUUGAGAGACCUUUACAAUAAGGAAAUAAAGGGGAUGUACCCUGGUGAGGUGGUUAACCCACUCAUAGAAAUAAUGAGUGGUGCUUACCAACAGAAGAUUACUAAGGUUGUUUCACAAUUCUAUCAUGGUUUGUUAAAAAAUUUAAAAAACACCUCACUGUAUGUAAAAGAAAAAUGGGAGCGUGAAUUGAAGGUUAAUAUCACAGAUGAUGAAUGGUAUCAGAUAUGCAGCUUACUUCAGUCUUCCACCAGCUCCCAGCAGUGGAGAGAAUUCAAUUGGAAAUGUUUUAUUAGGUUCUGUAUCUCCCCUCAUGUGAAAAGUAAACAGCUUGGGAUCCCACAAGCCUGUUGGAGGAACUGUGGUAGUAUGGAUGCAAACCACUCGCACAUUUUCUGGACUUGUUCUAAAAUUCAGCCGUUUUGGACAAUUGUCAACAAUACAUUACAAAAGGUGUUGGGAUACAAUAUCCCAAAGGAAUUUAAGGUUCUGUACUUGGGGAACAUCACAGAAAUUGUACAGAAGGAGGACCAUUAUUUGUCCAAGAUUCUACUGACUGCAGCUAGAAAGGCCAUUACGAGACUUUGGCUCAAACCUAAUACCCCAGAUCAACAUCAAUGGACAAAGUUAAUUCAGAAUAUCUUUUACAUGGAAAAAUUAACCUACACAAUAAGGUUAAAGGAAUCGGCAUUUCAGAAAAGAUGGGAAAAAUGGAAUAUAUUUCUAUCUUUAGACAAAGCUUAACCUCUUAUGUUGUUUUGGGGUUUUUUGUCUUUGUUUUUUUUCCAUACAGCUGGAAACUGUUUGGUUAGUUUGACAAACUAUAUUAUCGCUGAAAUGUAAUGCAAUUUUAAUUUUAAGCUGACAUUGCAUUCUUAAAGAGUCUGUACAGUCAUUGACUUUGAUAUACAAGAUGUAAAGAACUGUAACCGGGAUUUUUUUAUUGACUUUUUUGCUUUUAUAUGGUUAGUACCCUCCUCCAAUGCCUCCAUGUUUAUUGUUCUUUGUUCAGUGUUUGUCUUAUAUACUCGUUUUAAAAUAUCAAUAAAAAAAAGUGGGAAAAAAAAGAGUUAAUGCAACAUUAAAAAUCUAUAAUUAAAUUAUUAUAGAUUUUUAAUGUUGCAUUAACUCUUUUAAACCUGGAAAUCGGAAGUUUGAGAAUUUAGAAACAUUUAAAUACACAAGAAGUUGUGACAUGUAAAAUGAAGAAGAAUUUAUUUCUAGGUAAGCAACAAAGCCAAAGCACAGCAGUGACAGUGACCAUGCUACCCCUUUGCUGCUGUAAUGGCAGUUGCAUCCUUCCAAUGAAGCAGUGUUUAAAUGUAAUGUUGCUACCUAAACCUUCUAGUAAUGCUUUCAUCAAUAAAUGCUUAGAAAUAUCCCUA